UGGACAGCUCCCUAUACAACCCAAGUGCUCUAGACAACAAUAUCCAGAGCAUACGAUCAAGCAGAUCUGCUGAGAUGGAUUCUGGCGGGUGUCAGAGAAGGAGUAAAUGCAGCUAUUCACAGCUGCCCAUGGGCUGGCGGCUGCUGCAUGGAGCCAAGAAGAUCAGCCGUCAGACUUGUUGGACUUUGCCUGGGCCUUUCUCAUCCUCGCCAGUAUUGCCGGCUUCUGCCUCUGCAUCAUGCUCAUAAACAUCGUCUUCUUCACCAGCUCCAACUUACCUGUGCUGGACUUCUCCAACGUCAUCAUCAGCAUCCUGACAGGGGCCAGCAUGAUACUGGGUAUCCUGUUCUACCUGAUGCAGGCCCAUGAGUACCUGCAGGAAGGCAUGACCUACACUCUGGGGCUCAGCUUCUACCUGGCGUGGACCGGCAUCUUUCUCUUCCUGAUGAGUGGUUUCCUUUCCUAUCUGAACUACAUGAACUUCUGGUCCAUCCUGGCGCUCCAGGCCAUCUGGACUUGAUGGCGCUCCGGGACACAGGAAUGACCCCACCGCUGGCCUGCUCCCACAGCUCCCUGCCAAGCACUUGACAACCCUACUCUCUAGUCCCCCACCCCCACUGAGAGUCUUGCCCUUUUCGGUCCCCUCUUAAUCCCCCCACUCAGAUUAAUAAUUUAAAUAAUCUGUACCUUUUGCCCA